ACUUUCCUUUUAACACCAUCUGCCUUGUGCCGCCCUCAGACACAAGUAGGAGCCCGCACUCUUCGCCAGGCUUGGUACUUACCAAAGGGAGAGAUGCGCCAGAGCCCAGCAGGACACAUCAGUCAUUAGUACGGGAUGAGCCGGGGCCGCAGGAUUCUACUUGGAGGAUUAUCUGGAUUUAGCGAGGGUUCAGUCAUAACAGUCUGGGACUGACCUUCUGCCUGUUCUGUGAGUGCAAAGCCCAUGAUCAUGGCUCUAUCUGUUCCCAGCCCGAAUGACAGGCCUUUCCCUUGUGACCCACUUCAUAUCAGCCCAUCAGCUGUUGGCCCUUAUUUCCCCCCAUUCCUGCCCACUAGCCAAUACAUGAACAUACUGGCCACUCCUCAUGAGAUGUUUAACCCGCUGAAAUCCCUGGGCAGACUGGUCACCAACUCCUCUCACUUGGGGCCCUUUAACUUCCGAGACCUCCCUGCCUUACUGACCCAGAGUUUGCCCCCAAAUGAUGCGCAAGUGAACCCGCUAUUGGGCGCCUAUUCCAUCCUCACUAAGGUGCAGCCGCCUGUCCCCUACAGCCAGCAGGACUCUCUCAGCGCUAUCCGAGCCUCCCACCCCAGCAGCCCGGAGAAACUCAAGUCUCCCAUUGUCCCAAAGAAGUGCAAAAGCGCGUCCCUGAGCCUCCCCAGCCUGGAGGUGCGGCCCUCCCGCACUUACCAUUUCACAGAGGAAGAUCUACAGACAGUUCUGUACGGCUACACCUGCGGCAGCGACUCCAGGAGAAGCCAACAGACUGUCACUCAUGCCCUGUCUGGCCUGCGGAUUCCUACUGCCUGCUCUACAGGACUGGAUUCACACAUAUUGGACAGAGAUUCGUUGCAGUUGCCAGAAGGUCUGACAGUGCUGGACACUUCCUAUGGCACCUUGCCCAAAGCUGGGGUCUUCUGCAAGAACCUCAUCCCUAAAGGAGCCAAGUUCGGCCCAUUCCAAGGCAAAGUGGUGCACCCCAGCGAGAUAAAGACUUAUGGGGACAACUCUCUUAUGUGGGAGAUCUUUGAUGAGGGGCGGCUCAGUCACUUUAUAGACGGGAAAGGGGCCGCAGGGAACUGGAUGUCCCGGGUGAAUUGUGCGCGGUUCCCGGAGGAGCAGAACCUGAUUGCGCUGCAGUGCGAGGGGGAGAUUUACUAUGAGUCGUGCAAAGAGAUUCUCCCCGGGCAGGAGCUGCUCGUCUGGUACGGGGACUCCUACCUGCAAUUCCUCGGCAUCCCACUCAGCCUGAAGGGCCUAGGGGAAGGAAGGCCCCCCUACCAACCCACAGAAGAGCCGGCAGCCGCGGAGGGAUAUAAGUGCGAGCGCUGCGGCAAAGUGUUCGCGUACCGGUACUACCGGGACAAGCACCUGAAGUAUACGCGCUGUGUGGACCAAGGGGACAGAAAGUUUCCGUGCCAUCUGUGCAACAGGUCGUUUGAGAAGCGGGACAGGCUGCGGAUCCACAUCCUUCAUGUACAUGAGAAGCACCGGCCCCACAAGUGCACUGUCUGUGGCAAAAGCUUUUCCCAGUCUUCCAGCCUGAACAAGCACAUGAGGGUCCACUCGGGAGAGAGACCAUACAAGUGCGUCUACUGCAACAAGGCAUUCACUGCAUCAAGCAUCCUUCGCACACACAUCCGGCAGCACUCGGGCGAGAAGCCUUUCAAAUGCAAACACUGUGGCAAGGCCUUUGCAUCACACGCCGCCCACGACAGCCACGUACGGCGCACUCAUACCAAGGAAAAGGGCUACAUCUGCUCCCUGUGUGGCAAAACCUUUCUGGAAAUGGAGGAGUUUCGGUAUCACAUGCAAAUCCACUCCGGCCUUUAGCAAGUUCUCUGCAGUUGCACCCCCCUUCACCCCCUUUGGACUGUGCCAAUUUUAAUUUAUUAUUGUUUUUAAGAAGAUGCUUAUUUAUA